AAUCAGUUACCAUAGCAACGCACUUUGUUAUUUCGCGGACGCGGAAUUUUGUACCGAAUUAUUUUGUGAACAAGUUUUUCAAGUAUUUAGACGUAAAAAUGAUGAAAUUACAGAUAGCCAACGAACAGGACCGAAAGGAGGCUCAGAAUAGAGAGAGAAGGAGACAAUGUGAGCUCGAGAGAAGGUCCAGGAUCUUCAAUGCUAGAAACAGGAAGAUUGGGGUGGAUGUCAAGUUCCUGGAGCGUCAGGUAGCGGAGAAGAAGGCAGAACGAGACGACCAAAAACGAAAAGACCUGGCCUUCGCGCAGCAGAUGAUCAAGGACAGCAACCUAGCCGUUAUACUUGAAGCUAGGGAGAAAGAAGAACGUCAUCGUAUUGGCGUUGAAAUAGACUCGUACCGCCAAAAAUACCAGCGUUUUGAAGACAGGCGGGAGUACGAUCUCAACGACCCUGAAGUUCUGAAGAAGCAGCUGCCACCGAGACCUGAUGAUGGCCAGCCAGUGGGCUUGUCCAGUGCUCAGAAAUUCGAAGGUGAAGACCUGGAAUUUGAAGAGCGUAAGAAGAUCAUGGCAGCACAGAAGAAUGCCUGGCUUGAACAACAGGUACAAGAGAGGAAGGCGGCCGAAGAGGAAAGAAAGAAAGCUGAAGCUGCUUACAUGAUGGCCAUAAAAGCUCGUGACAACCGCGCUGGUGAGCUGGACAAGAUGGAACGAGAGUGCCGCUACAGGCUCGGACAGGCCAACCUUAAAUACAACGAAGCCUUGGCUGCAGAGAAGAAGCAACUGGAACAGGUCCUCAAAGAGCAGGAGGAAGCCGACAACACAGCGGAGAUGUACAACAACCUCACUUCGGAUAUGCUCACUGAGAACCCUGAUGUGGCCAAGAGUGCUCUUGGAAAGAACAGGGCCAUCGGUUACAUGUACAAGGGUAUGAACCAAGAAGAAUUGAAGAAGUUCUAUGCCGCACAGAAGGAACAAAUGGCUGCAUCUAAGGCGAAGCGCGACGCUUUAGAUAAGAUGGAAGCUGAAUGGCAAGCGUUAUCCAAGUCCAUUCAACGCGAAGUGGCACGACAGGACAUUGCCGACAAGAGAAAGAGACGAGAGAUCGCUCGCCAGCUGAUGGAAGAAAACCAACUCAUGGCCUUACAGCAGAAGGAGAAAGAGAAGUACUUCAGAGAAGUGGUGUACAACAACACGCCGACCGAUGAAUACUACGCGCAGUUCAACACUACCACCAGAUAAAAUGAGCUCUCUUGUGGAAUACACCACAGUGUUCGAGUUUCUAGUCGAUUGGUCUUGGCUAAAUUAUUACGUUUUUGGAUACAUUUUUAUAUGGAAAUUCAUCAUCGUCAUCAUCAUUAUGAAACUAGGGAGUUUCUGUCACUUUGAUCAUAUAUUUAUUGCUGAGGAACUAAAUAGAUAGUUUCUUCUAGUCAUCUCUUUCAUUAUGUUCAGACUAUUGCUCCAUAAAAUCAAAUAAAGACUGGAAAAAUACUUUGAAUUUAGCAUAGUGUAUGAGAUUGGACAGAAUUAUAUGCAAUAUUUUGCAUCUUGUAUGAAGCGCCAUAAUAGGUCACAGAGGGAUAAAAGAUAUGCCAUUAACAGAGUGUUCUGAGACCACCAAAGCACUCUUGCACUUAUUAAACAUACGUGAAUGUUUGUAUGAAGCACAUUUUUGCUACAAAUAUGUUUAAAAGACACUGCGUUUCCUUGCACUGCUGCGUCAAGCUAAAUGUGUGCACUGGAUGUCUUGUAACUUAGUUUUGCAAAAAUGCUCUUUAUUUAUUAAUUUCUAGGGUUGUUAUUAAUAAAUGCGUUUAAAUUAU